GAUGCCUCUGGAUGUUCAAUGAUAGCACUCCUCCAUACUGGAGCAGCAAAGUUUCCCCAAAACUUACUUCCAAGGGCAAGACAAGCUGUGUGCUCCCUCCUCCCAGCUGGUGUUCUCAAAGGCUACAGCUCCAUCGUAAGCAGGAAACUGGCGUCCCACGGCUUUGGAGCUUCCAUGGCAGCAAUGUCAUCCUUCCCUCCACAGAGAUAUCACUACUUCUUAGUGCUGGAUUUUGAGGCAACGUGCGAUAAACCACAGAUCCAUCCUCAGGAAAUCAUCGAAUUCCCUAUUCUGAAGCUGAAUGGCAGGACGAUGGAGAUUGAAUCCACCUUUCACAUGUAUGUUCAGCCUGUGGUGCAUCCCCAGCUUACGCCCUUCUGUACAGAGCUGACUGGGAUUAUUCAAGGCAUGGUGGAUGGGCAGCCGAGCCUCCAGCAAGUGCUUGAGAGGGUUGACGAGUGGAUGGCGAAGGAAGGCCUCUUAGAUCCCAGCGUCAAGUCGAUUUUUGUGACCUGUGGAGACUGGGAUUUGAAAGUGAUGUUACCAGGACAAUGCCAGUACUUAGGGCUGCCGGUUGCUGAUUACUUCAAACAGUGGAUUAAUCUGAAAAAG